GAAGCAUUGGUGACUUGAAUCUUUGCCAGUGACUGUAUCCUGGCAAUACUGUCUCAAUCUGGUAGCAGCAAAGAAGAGCGUUUGGCUACCCAGCAUGGAGCUCUCUCUGGCCAAUAUAUUCUUGAAGAUUGUGAGCAUCAUUAGAUUAAUCUCUGCACUGACUCUUGUCACAGUGUACCACCUGCUGCCUAGGGCAAAAAUAUCCAGGAUCAUGAUAUGGUACAAACGUCAGAAAAGGGGUGUGGCGGUGAAUUAUGCUGAGCACGAAGGCUACAGGUUCUGCUACUUCUGCCGAGGGGAAACCGGACUCCAGCCAUCUGUGUUGAUUCUUCAUGGAUUGGCAUUCAACAAGGACAUAUGGUUAAAUACAAUCCAAUUCCUUCCGAAGGACCUCCACCUGGUCUGCCUUGACAUGCCUGGCCACGGUGAAACCACAUGCCUGCUGAGAGACAGUUACGCGGCGGUUGAUCAAGCUAAAAAGAUACACCAGUUUGUUGAGUGCAUUGGUCUGAACCAAAAGCCUUUUCACCUGGUUGGCACGUCCAUGGGGGGAAUGAUUGCUGGCGUUUAUGCAGCUCAGUAUCCAUCUGAGGUAUCCGGCUUGUCCCUCCUCUGCCCACUUGGGCUGCGAUAUCCGGACGAUAAUAACAACGCCUUCAAGCGCUUGAGGGGGCAAUCGGUUAAGUCGCGCGAUGUCUUCAAACUUGGCUUAUAUCAUCCCAGCACAAAAAACAUGCAGCUCCUAAAGGGAUAUGCUGCCAACUGGAGACAACAGAAUGCUUUUUUGGUAAAAUGUUUUUUAGAUCUUUCCAACCCAAUGUCCGUGUACAGCCUUCAUGACAAUAUGAGCAAUAUUAGCGCUCCCACACAGGUCAUUUGGGGAAAGGAUGACCAGGUGGCUGACUCGUCGGGCGCAGAAAUUUUAGCCCACGCCAUUCCCAACUCCCAGGUGCAUAUGCUGGAGAGAUGUGGACACAUCAUAUCAUUUGAGAGGCCCAGGAAAUCUGCAACGCUCCUCUUGAAAUUCUACAAUUCAGUUUGCGACAAAGUGGAGAAUAAGAAGCUGGCAUAAACCUCACUAAGGAGUUAAGACGUUGAUGCAUUCCAAGCGACUUUCUACUCUGGAAAGGGAAAU